AACACGAGACUGCAAGCUCAUUGGAGGGCUAUUUUGCUUUACGGCUGCAGGCCGCUGUUUACGACAUUUUCCGGCCUCCCAUUCACUUAGCUGUGAAGAUGGCGUCGGGCAGCGGGGCAAAAAACUUGGACUUUCGCCGGAAGUGGGACAAAGAUGAAUACGAAAAGCUGGCCGAGAAGAGGCUCACGGAGGAGAGAGAGAAGAAGGAUGGAAAGCCAGUGCAGCCCGUCAAGCGGGAGCUUUUGCGACACAGGGACUACAAGGUGGACCUGGAGUCUAAGCUCGGGAAGACAAUUGUCAUUACCAAGACCACCCCGCAGUCUGAGAUGGGAGGAUAUUACUGCAAUGUCUGCGACUGUGUGGUGAAGGACUCCAUCAAUUUCCUGGAUCACAUUAACGGAAAGAAACAUCAGCGGAACCUGGGCAUGUCUAUGCGUGUGGAACGCUCCACCCUGGAUCAGGUGAAAAAGCGGUUUGAGGUCAACAAGAAGAAGAUGGAAGAGAAGCAAAAGGAUUAUGAUUUUGAGGAAAGGAUGAAGGAGCUCCGAGAAGAAGAGGAAAAGGCUAAAGCGUACAAGAAAGAGAAACAGAAGGAGAAGAAGAGGAGGGCUGAGGAGGACUUGACAUUUGAAGAAGAUGAUGAAAUGGCAGCUGUGAUGGGCUUCUCCGGUUUUGGUUCCACGAAGAAGAGUUACUGAGGCUUUCUAUACUUGGCCUGAUUUUGGCCUAUGCUGGACCUAACUUUGUGUGUGUAUUUGUUGGGGUGGGGGAGUCAUUUAUUUUUGGGUACUAGGGAAAGUCCUUCAGAAUGUCAGUGGGGAGGGCCAGAGGUGGAUGUCUGAUUUCCCUCUACCCUGGGAGAGGGCACAAGAUGCAGAGGUAAUGCCAUGGUGUAUUCCCUGAACCUCAGUUUAUCACUGGAGUCACAGGACCUCUGCCCGUCUAGUUCCCAAUAAAAAAAAAUACAUUCCCCCUUCUGAGGUUACUUUCCUAGAAACCCCUGCAUCAUCAUCUCUCCUCCCUCUUUUCUGAACAUCCUACCUUUAUCCUGUGUUCCACCUUUGUUUUAAUUCUGAUGUGUGUCCAGCCUGCAGCAGAAGGGUUUUCUGGGCCACCACUUUGCAGUUGGUGGCAUAUCUGUGGCCAGCCCUUCCUGCCCCCGCCCUGCCCUGCUCCGAGGUUCUUCAGCCACCUGUGCAUGCAUGUGUACUUCUGCCUGGGUCACGGGUGCGUGCGGAUGUGUGUGCAUGAAUCUGUCACACAGAGGGGGCCCGCGCUCGAAUCCCAGAGCGUUGUUGCCUUGGGGCCUGAUGUUCUUGGCUUCCUCAGAGCAUGUAAGAGGAAAUUAAAUGGGACGAGUGUU